AUGAGGAUGCCUGGAGAUAUGGAUGCAUGCGCUGCUGUAGCGAUUGCAUCCGCUACAAUAGAAGCAGCAGCAGCAGCAACAGUUGGUCCUGCAGCAGCAGCAGCAGCAGCAGCAAACUCAAAUAAACGCUGGCCGGAUGUGUUUGCUCCUUGUGCAGACAGCAACCAGCUGCUGCUGCUGCAGAAGCAUCAGAAGCAGCAGCAGCAGCAGCAGCAAGAACCCGACUGGCAAGUGCGGCAGGCCCCGCGCAUGCAACAGGCACUGCAGCAGCAGCAGCAGCAGCAGCACCAACCCUUGCUGCUGCUAUCUCACAUUGUACCCCAGGAGACCCAAGAUGAAGCGGAGCAGCAGCAAGAGGAGGAGGAGCAGCAGCAGCAGGAGCAGCAGCAGCAGCAGCAGCUGCUGCUGCAGCAAGAACAGCAGCAGCAACAGCUGCAGGAACGCCAGCGUCUGCUUCGACAAGAGGAGGAGCAGCUGCUGCUGCAUCACCAGCCGCUGCAGCAGCUGCAGCAGCUGCAGCAGCAACGCAUGCUAUGGGGUACAGGGAGAAGGAGAAGGUCUCACAAAAGGAGGCAUCUGCUGCAGCACGGAGACAGUUUGCUGCUGCUGCAGCAGCAGCUGCAUGCGCAUGAGCAGCAGCAACACCCCGACCACAUGCAGCAGCAGCAAGAGCAGCAGCAGCAGGAACAAGAACAGCUGCAGCAGCAGCAACUCCAGCAACAGCAGCUCGAGCAGCAGCAACUCCACGAGCAGCAGCAGCAGCAGCAGCAGCAGCAACAGCAGCAGCAGCAGCAACUCAACUGGCACAACGGCACUGUUUCUACGUGUGAUGGAGACAGCAGCAAAAGUGAAACUGAGCUGCAGCAGCUGCUGCAGCAGCAACAGCAGCACCAGCUGCUGCUGCAGCAGCAGCAUCAUCUGCAGCAUGACCAGCAGCAUAUGCCCUCUCAGCUAGAACUGCUCGAGCUGCAGCAGCAGCAGCAGCAACAGCAGCAGCAGCAGCAGCAGCAUUUGUCUUACGAAUAUUAUCAGCAGCAGCUGCAGCAAUACGACGAGCUGGUGCGGCGGCUAUCUAACUCGGAGCAGCAGCAGCAGCAGCAGCAGCAGCAGCAGCAGCAUCUGCUGCAGCAAACGCCCCCCCCUGAAGAAGACCCGCAGAAGUUUAACUUUUCUGUGCAGCAGCAGCUGCUGCAGCAGCAGCAGCAGCUACAGCUGCAGCACCAGCUGCUGCUGCAGCAGCAGCAGCAGCAGCAGGCAAUGACCCCGCAACAGGCGCAGCUGCUGUGGCGGCAGCAGCAGCAGCUGCUGCAGGAGAUGGAUCCGCAGGAAGCGCAGCAGAUGCUGCUGCAGCAGCAGCAGCAUCAGCAGCAGCAGCAGGCACUGCUGCAGGAAUUCUCCCAGCUGCCGCUUGAGGAGCAGCAGCAGCAGCAGCAGCAGCUGCAGAAGCAGCAGCAGCAGCAGAUGCUGAAUCAUCCAAUGCACCCUCUUACAUCUCUUUGUCAUUCUUUUGCUGCUGUCUUGACGGAAGUUACAGCAGUAGAAAACCAGAUGAUGUGGGAGCAGCAGCAGCAGGAGCUGCAGCUGCAGCAGCUGCAGCAGCUGCAGCAGGAGCUGGAGCAGCAGGAACUGCAGCAGCAGGAACUGGAGCAGCAGCAGCAGCAGCAGGAGCAGCAGCUACUGCAGCAAUAG